CUGACGUCACGCGCCUGCCUUGGCUUAUUAUUGCAUGAACUAUUUUCUGUAGUAGCAGCACCAGUUAGCUUUUCCAGUGCCCGCCGCUUAACGUGGAGACAAAUACGAGGGAGAGAGGGAAAGAGGAGGGGUGAGGGACAAAUUAAUCUUGGGCCACAGCGGUGGCACAGCGCGAGACCGCAAAGCGUUGCAGCGAAGAUUUUGUUUUGCUCGUUCGCUUGAAACGGGCGGCGGAGACAGAAUGGAUCUACCUGCCGUCGGGGAGCAUGUGUUCGCGGUGGAGGGCAUCGAAAAGAAGCGCCUACGGAAGGGCAGAAUCGAGUAUCUGGUGAAGUGGCGAGGAUGGUCAGCCAAAUAUAACACAUGGGAACCCGAGGAAAACAUUCUUGACCCGCGCCUUCUUGUGGCUUUCCAAAACAGAGAAAGGCAGGAGCAAAUGGUGGGAUAUCGCAAAAGAGGGCCUAAACCCAAACACCCCCUUGUCCAGCUUCCUGCGUUUGCUCGUAGAUCAAGCAUCCUGGGUGGUCUUGAGGACACAUCACUGGAUGAGGAGAACCAGCCCAAAGUGGAUCCCCUUCAGCUCCACUGCCCACGGCCGCAGCACUACCAGCUGAACAGCAAAAAACACCACCAGUACCAGCCCAGCUGCAGGGAGAUCUCCGUAGAACAACAUGUGAGAGGGAAAAAGAAGCACUUCUACCAGCUGAACAGCAAGAAACAUCAUCACUACCAGCCAGACCCCAAGAUGUACGACACGCCACUCACGGGACCUAAAGAGGUCAAGGUUCAAGACCCUUCCAGCAAAGUUUGGAACCUCCCUCCAGCCUUGCAACAGAAGUGGAUUCAGAACAAAGACACCGCCUGCCUGAGUAAAGUGAAAGAUCUGUCUAUUGAGCUCAAGGGCCUGCCGGAUAAUGCUAACAAAUCGGAGCGGGCACUCAAGACGAGAGCCAAAGAGUUUGCACUUCCUAACGGCAUCAGCAGCAAGAUGAAAAUAAUAAAGAACAAAAACAAAAACGGACGGAUUGUGAUUGUAAUGAGCAAAUACAUGGACAAAGGUGUGCAUUCAUCUAAAGUUAAAAACAAGGAUGUUUCUGAAGUGGAAACGCAGCACAAUGAGGAACCUACACUGAAUAAAACGGACAAUCUUUCUGAUGGUGAAACUUCAGAAGGCCUUGAGAAUGGCGCUGUUGAGAACACCAACACAUUUUCUUCUAGUGAAUGCGUUCACGAAAACUCCAUCAAAAAGGUAGAACUUCCAAAAGAUACGCCUACAGAGACUGAACAAACAGUGAUGUAUAUAUGCGACCAACCAAACUCCUCUCCCAUGGAAACAGAGAAGGCUCCCCCAUCCCACAUGGACACCAAACUCAAUCACUGCAAGAGGAACCUUUCAGAACCCAAUGAAGACGUGAGAAACUGUAAGCAGUUCUUCAGCUCCAGGAGCAUCAGUGCACCAAACACCGUGCUUUCGUCCCUUCAGAGAGAACCUAUAGACCUGCAUUACAGAGGCAGCCUCACCAACAGAGCCUACAGUUAUGACUUUAGCGACACCAUUCCUGAAGAGCCUAUUGACUUGAGCUGUGGUCCAACCAAAACUCUUCAACAGUUUCCCACAGUGGAGAAGGUUUCAGGAAGCUCGGCGCAAGUGGAGAAAACAAGCAACCAUUUUAAACCAUUUGUGGGUAACGUUAUCAUCACUGAUAUCACUACGAACUGCUUAACCGUGACCUUUAAGGAAUACGUUCAAGGAUAAUGACUACAAUACGCUGGACUGUAACUUGUUCAUUUGAACCAGCUCAAAGUUG